AAUGUGAUGAACGGCAACGCUGAGGGAGUGAGGGUAGUCUUCUUCUUCUCUGUUCUCUUUCUCUCUUCUGAUUUUCUGAAAGUGAGAUCUCAAAUCUGAAUCCCUAAUGCGGUAAUGCCUUCGCCCUUCCCAUUUCACAGUUCAGCUUCACCAAUCACCAUUCUCAUCGUUCAUCAAGGUUCAGACUUCAGAGAGAAGGAGAGAACGCCAUCACCCAUCACGAUCUCACCGGCGCACACGGCCACACGGCAGUGAGCUCCGUCGCGCAGUGAGCUCCGCCGCGAAGUGAGCUCCGUCACCACUCGAGUCGGCGUCGCUGUCUGUCUCCCACUCUCCCACUCUCCGUCACCACUCGACUCCGCGUUGAAGCCUGAAGGUUCCUUUCGAGCUCUGAGAGAAAGCCUUCGAGUUCCAGGAUUCCCUCCAUCAUAGCUGGAGCCUGGAGCAGAGUCGAAAUAGCCGCGAUUCUUCUCCUUCCAUCAGCACUGGAGCAGCAAUUCGACGUCUUCCAUCAUCCCUGGAGCAGCAAUUUUCGUCGUCUUCCAUCAUCGCCGCAGUAGCCGUCAGCACCAGAACACCGUGUCGAAAAACAAAAAACGGCGACGGUGUAAUGGGAAGAAGAAACGGGGGAAGGUCACUGCAUGGAACCCUCCGCCGCCGGCUGGAGUCGUGCAUGUCCAGUCACUCCACUGUCGAUGAUAUCGUUAACCACCUCCGCUCCACUUACCCCGAUUACCAACGCACCAAGCACCAAGCCCUCACUCGAUUAGUUCAACAAGUCCUCGAGCCACGUUCCAAACACGCGACCAAAGUCUCUGCCAAGCGCAGCGGCCACGAUGGCGACGAAGAAAGUGGUCGACGUGCGCUCCGAAAGAGACAGAAGAGAGUCGACGAAGGUGAAGAGAGGUUGCAGGGCGAGAAAGAAACUCAGGGUUCUGCAUCUUCCUCCUCUGCUUCAAGCUUGAGCGCGUCCGGGAGCAGCGGCAGUGAGGAUGAUGAUGGCAGCACAGUGUCUGUUUCGACAUUGGAGGACGCAAAAUACCGGGAGAAGUACGAACCUGCUGUCGAUUUGAUGAAGACGAUGCUGCGGAAAGCGUAUACUCCCACGAAGGAUGAUAGUGCGAGGAAGAUGAAACACGUCGUACAAGAUAAGAACGUUGAAAUGGAGGUCGCCAAUAGUGACAAGGCUACUAAUGAGAUUUGUGCUAAGAAUGGAGGCGGAGGCAAAGUGAAGGCGGCGUUGAAUUUGAAGGGUUCCGUUUCAAAUGGCGACCAUGGUGGUGGCAGCUUUGUUAAGGUGAAGGCAGGACCUAGGUUAAGUGAUUUGGGUGGGAUGAAGGAUCUUCUGGAAAAGCUGGUGGAAGAAGUGAUUGUUCCAUGGUAUUAUCCUGAGCUUCCAAGAAAGCUAUGUCGUACUCCUACUACUGGAAUCUUGCUGCAUGGGCCACCCGGUUGUGGCAAGACCACUCUGGCUCACGCCAUAGCUAAUGAGACCCGUGUUCCCUUCUAUCCGAUAUCAGCUACUGAAUUGGUUUCUGGAGUAUCGGGUGCAUCUGAAGAGAAUAUCAGAGAGCUUUUCGCUAAAGCAUAUCGGACUGCCCCAUCAAUUGUCUUCAUUGAUGAGAUUGAUUCAAUUGCUUCAAAAAGAGACAAUUUACAGCGAGAGAUGGAGAAAAGAAUUGUAGCACAGUUACUUGCCAGCAUGGAUCAAUUAAGUAGGUGUAUGCAAUCCGCUAAUGAUUCGGACAGUUCUAAUGUUCAUCCUAGCUAUGUUCUUGUAAUUGGAGCUACAAAUAGGCCUGAUGCUCUUGACUCGGCCUUGAGAAGGCCUGGGCGGUUUGAUCGGGAGUUUGUUCUUGGCAUUCCUGAUGAAUCGUCGAGAGAACAUAUCCUCUCUUUGCUCACUCGCAAUCUUCCACUUCAGGGUUCAUUGGAUCUAAAAUACAUAGCCAGGUCUACACCAGGAUAUGUCGGUGCUGAUUUGGCAGCCUUGAUUACGGGGGCGUGUAAUUUGGCCUUGAAGAGAAUUAUUUCCAAAAGGAGAGGGGAACAUGAAACAAGUUAUCUUGGAGACUGGUGGGGCGAACCUUGGCCUCUUGAAGAUAUGGAUAAGCUUGUCUACACAAUGUCUGAUUUCCAGGAAGCUUUGAAAAUUGUACAACCUUCAUUAAGAAGAGAGGGCUUCUCAUCCAUUCCUGAUGAGAAAUGGGAAGAUGUUGGCGGCCUUGAUUAUUUAAGGAAGGAGUUUAAAAAUAGAAUAAUAAGGCCGAUAAAAUAUCCUGAGGUUCAUCAGGCAUCUAGGUUUGCAAAUCAAACGGGAAUUUUACUUUUUGGGCCCCCUGGUUGUGGUAAAACUCUUAUUGCCAAAGCUGUUGCCAAUGAGGCAGGAGCUAAUUUCAUUUAUAUUAAGGGGCCUGAGCUCUUAAAUAAAUUUGUUGGAGAAAGUGAGAGAGAAAUUCGACUAACGUUUAGUCGUGCAAGGGCAUGUUCACCCUGUAUAUUAUUUUUUGAUGAGGUGGAUGCUUUGUCAACCAAACGUGGUGCAGAAGGUGGAUCAGGCAUUGAGCGAGUAGUGAAUCAGUUACUAAUUGAGCUAGACGGUGCGGGGCAACGCCAAAAUGUUUUUGUCAUUGGUGCAACAAAUAGGCCUGAUAGGAUGGAUGAGGCUCUCCUCCGUCCUGGUAGACUUGGUAAACAACUUUACGUUCCUCUGCCAAGCACUGACCAACGGUUUUCAAUAUUGAAAGCUCUUACAAGGAAGGAGCCUGUUGAUCCUACUGUGGAUCUGAGAGCCAUAUCUGAAGCGUGUGAAAAUUUUAGUGGCGCAGACCUUGCUGAAUUGGUGGAUGAAGCAACUCGUGCUGCUCUUGAUGAGAAAUUCACCGCAGUUGAAGAAGGUUUGACCUCAGUUGAAGCCUCUAGUGAUACUUAUACUUGCAAGCCAAGACAUUUUGAUAUAGCACUUAGUCAGGUCUUUCCCUCUGUGUCUCCGGCGAAAAGGCGUAGUUAUGAGCGCUUGGCAAAGCGUUUUAAAGCAUCAUGAGGAUCAUGGCACUGAUUGUUUUAGGAGAUAUAACCCCUCCUUGUCUAGUCGACUUAAACUUGAGCACUUCAAGUAGUAGCACUACAAGAAAAUGUGUAUUAAAAUAUUUUUUAGCUGGAAUAUUUUUAAGUUUUAACACUUAUUUCAGGUUAUUUUUUUGUGAUAUUAUGUUAUUAAUAUUUGAAAGUUAUUGCCUAGUAAGUCAAACAUGGCGGUGUUGCUUCCUAGAACCAAAACUAUAGAUUUAUCUGGCAAAAAAAAUGGGUUGACAAGCUGAAUACAGUGCAAAGUAAGAGCUUCCUCGACUUAAGAUGAUUUACUCGGUAUUAUUAAAGUAUGCUGCACAGAUGUAUACUCUUAUUACAUUUAAUUUAUUUUAAAAUGAGUUUGAUUGGA